UUUACAUUAUUUGACGUAUUAUCAUAUGACCAGAGUUUGCCUUUCUUCAAUUUCGUCAGUUCAUAAUCAUCUUCGGGUACUAAAGUUGAAUUUUUUAAAAUACAAUUUGAUAAAAAAAUAUGGCUAGUCAUCAAAGCCAAGGUGUUCAACAGCUUCUAGCAGCUGAAAAACGUGCCGCAGACAAAGUCACAGAAGCCCGCAAGCGAAAAGCUAGAAGGCUGAAGCAAGCCAAAGAAGAAGCUCAAGAUGAAAUUGAGAAGUACCGUAAAGAACGUGAACGCCAAUUUCGGGAAUUUGAGGCUAAGCACAUGGGUUCUCGGGAAGAUGUAGCUGCUAAAAUUGAACAAGAUACAAAGCGAAGGGUUGAGGAGAUGAACAAAACAGUAUUGAACCAGAAACAACCUGUGAUUCAAGAGUUUUUAAAAUUGGUCUAUGAUAUCAAGCCAGAGAUUCACAAGAACUACCGCCAGUAGUUGGAUAUGUGCAAUAUAUUAAUAGGUUCCAAAACUUGUAUCACUUAAUUGUUAAUAGAUAGAUGUUCAUUCCAUUA